GGCAAAGGGGGCGGGACGUCCGUGUUCUUGUAGCUCGUUGCAGCUCAAAGCUCUGGGGAAGAGGUGGCUGUGAGGGCCCCGAGCUCGCGGCUCUGCGGAUUCCGAAGCCUCGAGUUUAUUCGAGGGAGGAGAAUCUGCUGCGGCCGAUCCCGCGACACUCCUGACCUCCGCGCGACGUGCCCGCCGCCGCUGUUGGUUGGAGCAUUUGACAUUGUGCAGCAAAGAAAUGGUUAUGGAGAAGCCCAGUCCGCUGCUUGUGGGGCGGGAGUUUGUGAGGCAAUAUUAUACUUUGCUGAAUAAAGCUCCUGAAUAUUUGCACAGGUUUUAUGGCAGGAAUUCCUCCUAUGUUCAUGGUGGAGUGGAUGCCAGUGGAAAGCCCCAGGAAGCAGUUUAUGGCCAAAAUGAUAUACACCACAAAGUGUUAUCUCUGAACUUCAGUGAAUGUCACACCAAAAUACGUCAUGUGGAUGCUCAUGCCACUUUGAGUGAUGGUGUAGUUGUACAGGUUAUGGGCUUGCUGUCAAACAGCGGACAGCCAGAGAGGAAGUUCAUGCAAACCUUUGUUCUGGCUCCAGAGGGAUCUGUUCCAAAUAAAUUUUAUGUGCACAAUGAUAUGUUUCGUUACGAAGAUGAGGUAUUUGGUGACUCUGAACCAGAACUUGAUGAAGAGUCAGAAGAUGAAGUAGAAGAGGAGCAAGAAGAAAGGCAGCCGUCUCCUGAGCCUGUGCAAGAGAGUGCUAACAGUGCUUACUAUGACGCCCAUCCUGUGACCAAUGGCAUAGAGGAGCCUUUAGAAGAAUCCUCCCAUGAGCCUGAGCCCGAACCAGAAUCGGAAACGAAGACUGAAGAGCUGAAGGCGCAAGUGGAGGAGAAGCACCCAGAAGAGCUAGAGGAGAAACCCGCCACUCCUCCCCCCGCCGAGCCCGCCUCUCUGCCCCAGGAGCCACCAAAGGCUUUCUCCUGGGCUUCAGUGACCAGUAAAAACCUGCCUCCUAGUGGUACUGUUUCUUCCUCUGGAAUUCCACCCCAUGUUAAAGCACCAGUCUCACAGCCGAGGGUUGAUGCUAAACCAGAAGUUCAGUCUCAGCCGCCACGUGUACGUGAACAGCGACCUCGAGAGCGACCUGGUUUCCCCCCUCGAGGACCAAGGCCAGGCAGAGGCGAUAUGGAACAGAAUGAUUCUGACAACCGGAGAAUAAUUCGUUAUCCGGACAGUCAUCAGCUUUUUGUUGGUAACUUGCCUCAUGAUAUUGAUGAAAAUGAACUGAAAGAGUUCUUUAUGAGCUUUGGAAACGUGGUGGAACUUCGCAUCAAUACCAAGGGUGUUGGGGGAAAACUUCCAAAUUUUGGUUUUGUAGUUUUUGAUGACUCUGAGCCAGUUCAGAGAAUCUUAAUUGCAAAACCAAUUAUGUUUCGAGGAGAAGUACGUCUAAAUGUGGAAGAGAAAAAAACUAGAGCUGCCCGAGAGCGAGAAACCAGAGGAGGUGGAGACGACCGCAGGGAUGUAAGGCGCAACGAGCGAGGUCCUGGUGGUCCCCGGGGAGUCGUAGGUGGCGGAAUGAUGCGUGACCGCGAUGGAAGAGGACCGCCUCCACGAGGUGGCAUGGCGCAGAAACUGGGUUCUGGAAGGGGAGCCGGGCAAAUGGAAGGCCGCUUCACAGGACAGCGUCGUUGAAGUUCCACUGCUGGCACAGUUUUUGGCAGUGGUACCUACCUAACUCAUCGUGUUUGCAUUCUUGUUAAGUUUUUUUGGCUUUGGAAUGUGACACAGCCUUUUUGAUCAUUUCUUUGAUGUGAAAAGCAUCUUUUGGUUAUCAGUUAAAUUGAGGUGGACAUUAUUUCCCCACUUUCACAACAGGAUUCAUAUUGUUAAUUUAUAAAUCUAGACUCGGAGAAUUAAGGACUGAGAAAUGACCAUAUCUUAAACUGUACAACAAAAUGAACUUUAAAAGAACAUGCCCACUGAAUUCAGGUCAUUGGAGUUUUAAAAAAUCCUUUGCUGCACAUUUUGUUUUAAGUGUUAACUGUCUGCUAUUAAUGUUGGAAACACAAAUAGUGCAAUUUGUGCAAUUGGAGAAUCUUGCCUUUUUUUCUUGGCUCCCCCCAAAA